AUGAAUGAAUUUGAAGCUCAAACUACAAAUAAUAAUAAUAAUAAUAAUAAUAAUAAUAUUCAUCAUAGAAAUAGAUCACGUCAAAAUAGAUCAAGUGGAAACAAAGAUUUUUCAGGAAAUGUCGAACAACAACCAUUACAUCAUCGAUCACAUUCAAGACCACGUAAUGCUGUGCCAUUACAUCGUCGAUCAAAUUCAAGAACACAUGAUGAUGAGCCAUCGCGCUCGACACAACAUGAAUCUCGACAACAACGACGAUUUAAUUAUGAACAUUAUAAACGAAUUGGUGUCAAUGCUGGUUGUUAUUUUCCUACUAUUCAAUUUAGUAUACAUCAUGAUCCAUUUCGUUUAACAAAUAAUAAUAUACCAAAUAUUAAAAAUCGAAUAAAACAAAUAGUUGCAUUACUUAUUGAAUUUUUUCUUUCACAUCAAAUAACUGUUUGUUAUGGAAAUAUCGAUUCAAAUAUUGGAUCAAAACCAUAUUUAUUUUUUCAAGAAGAAAUACCUCAUUUUCCAUCACUUAUCAUGAAAUAUUCAUGGCAAAUGCUUUCUAGUGUUGGAUAUCGGUUACAAAUUCAAAUAAGUAAAGAAAAUUUUAUCGAAAAAUUACAUAAAUUAAGUAAAGAAGAACAUAAUCCUGAUGAAUUAUUUUAUCGUGUAUGUGUUUAUCUUUCAAGGAUAUUUUCAUUAAAACCAUUUGUUAACAUAAAUAAAGAAUUAGAACAUGCUAUAAUUCAAUCUCAACAAAAGCGAGAUGAUUGUGCUUAUGGUUUAAUUAGUAAAAUAGAUAUUGAAGAAAUAAAUGAAGCAUAUAUACCAUCAGUAUCAUUAACACCAACAACAAUUCGAAUAAAACCAUUAAAAUUAUGUCGAACAAAUCGAGUUCUUCGAGCUACUAAACAAUUUGGUUCAGCACUUUAUCAUUUUGUUCUUGUUGAUAUUCGGGAUGAAAAUGGUCGAAAUUUACUAUCAUUUCAUUUUCGAGAUUUACAUUCAUUAUUACUUGAUUAUUUGGAAAAUGGUUUUAUACUAAUGAAUAAUAAUCGAAAAUAUAAAUAUUUACAUCAUUCUCAAUCACAAUUACGGGAAAGACAAUUUUGGUUUUAUCAUCAUAAUGAUUAUGAUAAAGAUCUAAGAAAAAAAAAUCUAAGUUUUUCUGAAGCUUAUAAAUGGAUGGGUAACUUCGAUAAAGAGAAAAAUCCAGCUAAAUAUGCUGCACGUAUGGCACUUUGUUUUACAACUACAAAAGCAACUGUUCAAGUGCCAAAAAAUAAUGUCGAACUAGGAAAAGACAUCGAGAUCACAAUCGGUGAUAAAACUUUAAUAUUUACGGAUGGUUGUGGUAAAAUGUCAUUUGAAUUGAGAGAUAAAAUAAAACAAUUACUUCGUAUUCGAAAUGAUUUCAGUGCUGUUCAAUUUCGUUAUGAUGGUGCUAAAGGUGUUGUCAGUAUUCAUCCAGAUAUGCCAAAAAAUAUUCAUUUAUCCAUUCGUCAUAGUAUGAAAAAAUUCAAUAGUGAUCAUGAUUAUUUUGAAGUAUGUAAACUCUCAGCACCUCGACCAAUAUAUCUUAAUCGACAAGCUAUUCUUCUUUUAUCAUAUCGACAAAUAUUUGAUUCAGCAUUUCUUAUACUUCAACAACAAAAUCAUCUUACACUUAUUCGUUCUCUUUUACGAAAUUCUGAUGCAGAAAAAUUAAUUCUUGAAAAAGUACCAUCAUGGUUUUUACCUAAAGAUAUACAUGAUGCAAAUAUUGAUUUUAUUCAUGAACCAUUUUUUCGACAAUUACUUAUUAAUUCAUGUUUACAAUCAACAAAAGAUUUACUUCAACGAACUCGUAUUCAAGUUCCAUCAAAUAAAGGUCGAAAUAUGUUGGGAAUUGUUGAUGAAUAUAAUGUUC